GCACUUUUAUCGUCUAACGCGAAGCAGUCAACAGGAGCCGAAGUUUGAGAGAGAGAGAGAGAGAGAGAGAGAGAGAGAGAGAGAGAGAAAUGAGGUUGUUCGAUCCAUGGCCAGUGUUCUUCAAGAGGGAAUGGAAACGUUGCUGGCCGUUUCUCACCGGUUUCGCCGUAACCGGCGUCCUCAUCACCAAGCUCACCGCUGGAUUCACUGAGGAAGACGCCAAGAACUCAAAGUUCGUCCAACAACACAGGCGGUAA